AUGCUUGUUGGAUGUGGGUACAAGAAAGGAACCACAUUGUUUGGAUAUGGCUAUGAUUUCCGGCAAAGCAAUAGAAUUGACAAGGCGCUCAAUGGCCUUAAAGAAAAGUUGGAGAUUGCCUAUAAAGCUUCUGGGGGAAGAAAAGUCAAUAUAAUUUCACACUCAAUGGGUGGAUUGCUACUGUCAUGUUUCAUGUCACUCCAUAACGAUGUAUUUGCUGAGUACGUGAAUAAGUGGAUUAGCAUUGCGUGCCCUUUUCAAGGCUCACCAGGAUGCAUCAAUGAUUCUCUCUUAACUGGAUUGCAAUUUGUUGAAGGAUUCGAAAGCUACUUUUUUGUGUCAAGGUGGACGAUGCAUCAAUUGUUGGUUGAGUGCCCAUCAAUAUAUGAAAUGUUGCCAAACCCUGAAUUCAAGUGGAAAAAGCAGCCUCAAAUUCAUGUAUGGAGAAAGCAAUCUAAUGAUGGGGAAGUCUCAGUCAAAUUGGAAUCAUAUGGCCCAAAUGAAAGUGUUACUCUUUUUGAAGAAGCAUUGAGGAAUAAUGAGGAGGCUGUCCAGGAUUCAGUUUCUGCUACAGUUUGUUGUUUCUUCUUGUUUGGCUUUCUGGUUGAUCUGUGGUGUGCUUUCAGCCAGUGUUGGCUACACACUGGUGGUUUGUUGCUUGGAUCAGGCUUUUUGGGUACCAAUUUGAGUAUGAGAAGAAGCCCUUGUACUGCCCAGUUUUCUAGGGUUGUUUUAGACCCUCUUUUGUGCACCCUGGUGGUACUCCAGCUUGCUAUUUCAAGGGAUGAAGAGUGA